AUGGAAGAGUCGAACGCUCCGACGUCGAAGAAGGGCGCCAAGAAGGCCGAGGCCAAGGCCAAGAAGGAGGCCUUGAAAGCCCAGCGUGCUGCCGAACUCGCCGCCGCCGCCGCCAAUGUCACCCUCGAGGACGACCCCGCCCAGGACAACUACGGGAACAAGCAGACCACGGCCUCGCUCUUCAGCAAGGACGCCGAGGAGGUCGAGAUCCGUUCCCUCGACGAAUCCCACAAUGGCAAGACGGUCGUCGUGCGUGCAUGGCUCCAGAACUCUCGCGUGCAGAGUGCCAAGAUGGGCUUUGUUGAGCUCCGCAAGGGCGGCAACUGGAACAUCCAGGGCGUCGUUAUGGCCUCGGAGGAGGAGCCCCUCGUCAGUCGACGCAUGGUCAAGUGGAUUACCGGCAUCAGCCCCGAGAGUUACGUAGCGGUUGAAGCCAAGGUCAAGCAACCUCUCGAACCCGUCCACAGCUGCCGAGUCUCGGGACUCGAGCUUCACAUCACAAAGUGCUACGUGCUCGCGCCGGCUCCCGCCAUGCUUGGCAUGACCAUGGCCGCUGCAAGCCAGCCCAUCGUCAACUUCAGCGACGAGAAGGCCCAGGAGGGAGACGCUGACGCCGGCAAGGCGGCCAAGCCCGCUGCCGAGACCACGACCCCGUCCGCAAGCAUGCUCACUCACCUCGAUAACAUUGCCAUGCACAAGCGCGCUCCUGUCCAGCAGGCGAUUGCGGAUAUCCGUAUUCAAGUCAAGAGAAUCUUCCGCUCGUACCUUGAAGACCUCCGGUUCAAGGAAUUCGAACCGCCCUGCCUUAUCGGCGCUGCGUCCGAGGGCGGUGGGAAUGUCUUUCGACUCCCAUAUUUCGGCGACGAGGCUUUCCUCGCCCAGUCGCCCCAGUUCUACAAGCAAUUCGAGAUUGCCGGAGGCAGGGAACGUGUGUUCAGCAUAGGCCCCGUUUUCAGAGCCGAAAACUCCAACACACCGAGGCACAUGACCGAGUUCACAGGUCUUGAUCUGGAGAUGGAAAUUAAGGAUUCUUACACCGAAGUUCUUUCCGUACUGGAGGGCGUCUUGUUGUCCAUCUUCCGUGGAAUCCAAGAGCGAUGUGCGGACGAAAUCGAGACGGUCCGAGCCGUCUACCACUCGGAACCGCUCCUCCUUCCCGAGCCCGGCAAAGAAGUCCGCUUAACUUUCGCCGAGGCACAAAAGCUUUUGCGAGAGGAAGGUCCUGCAGAAUUCGCAAAUGUACGAGACGAUGAGGAUAUGAGCACCCCCCAGGAGAAGGCCCUUGGCGAAGUUGUCCGCGCCAAGUACAAGACAGACUUCUACGUCAUUGACAAGUUCCCUGAGACGGCGCGACCAUUUUACGCCAAGAUCGACGAUGCUGGCACCACGGUUGGAGAAGGUGUCCGGGUUACGAAUGCCUUCGAUUUCUUUAUCCGUGGGCAGGAGGUGCUCUCCGGUGGCCAGCGAAUUCACAACCCUGUUGAACUCGAGGAGCGUAUCCGCGCCAAGGGUGUCGACCCCGAGAGUGCUGGUAUCAAAGAGUACCUGACGACGUUCCGACAGGUUGGUGUGCCGGCGCAUGGUGGAGGUGGCAUCGGUCUUGAUCGUGUGGUUGCUUGGUUCCUCGCAUUGCCAAGCGUCCAUCUCGCGGCGUAUUAUCCUCGCACGCCCAAGAGGCUGUCGCCAUAA